AUGGAAGAGAAGCCGGAGCUGUCUUGUGACGCGGAAGGCGUAUGCCUGUGCUGCAAACAGACCCCUCCUCCCUCGGAGCUCCUCCCCUGCCACACCUGCGAAGCUAAGUGGCACCUUCCUUGCCUCCCCUCGCCCCCUGUCUCCAGCUCCGACUCCCAUUGGGACUGUCCUGAUUGCACCGGCCUUUCCUGCCAAAAAGCGGUUCCGGAGUCUACCAUUGUCUCCGCUAUCCGCACUGUUCAUGCCGACUCUUCUCUCACUGAAAAGCAAAAGGCCAGAAAGUGCCAAGAACUGGUGGGCGGGGUGCCCCAGCCUUCCGAGGAUGAAAAUCAUGAAAAUAUCUUUGAUGGAACCUUGAAUUGUACUAUCUGCAACCAACUACCAGAUAGACCAGUGACGGUUGGUUCAUCUCUUCUCCUUAACCAAUAA